CGGGGCGGUGCCCAGCGGGCUGGUGCGCAGGCAUCGCCGACAGGAGGGAAGCAAACGGCGGGAUCCGCGGUGGCCGUAGCAGCAGUAUGGCCGCGCUCUAUGGGGGUGUAGAGGGGGGAGGCACACGAUCCAAGGUCCUUUUACUCUCAGAGGAUGGGCAGAUCCUGGCAGAAGCGGAUGGACUCAGCACAAACCACUGGCUGAUCGGGACAGACAAGUGUGUGGAGAGGAUCAACGAGAUGGUGAACAGGGCCAAACGGAAAGCAGGGGUGGAUCCUCUUGUUCCUCUACGAAGCCUGGGCCUAUCCCUGAGCGGUGGGGAUCAGGAGGACGCGGUGAGGAUCCUGAUGGAGGAGCUGAGGGACCGAUUUCCCUACCUGAGUGAAAGCUACUUAAUCACCACUGACGCCGCCGGCUCCAUCGCCACAGCUACGCCGGAUGGUGGGAUCGUGCUCAUCUCUGGGACAGGUUCCAACUGCAGGCUCAUCAACCCCGAUGGCUCUGAGAGCGGCUGCGGUGGCUGGGGCCACAUGAUGGGAGAUGAGGGCUCAGCCUACUGGAUUGCACACCAAGCAGUGAAAAUAGUGUUUGACUCCAUCGACAACCUAGAGGCGGCUCCUCAUGACAUUGGCUAUGUCAAACAGGCCAUGUUCAACUAUUUCCAGGUGCCAGAUCGGCUAGGAAUCCUCACCCACCUGUAUAGGGACUUUGAUAAAUGCAGGUUUGCUGGGUUUUGCCGGAAAGUUGCAGAAGGUGCUCAGCAGGGAGAUCCCCUUUCCCGUUAUAUCUUCAGGAAGGCUGGGGAGAUGCUGGGCAGACACGUUGUGGCAGUGCUGCCUGAGAUUGACCCGGUCUUGUUUCAAGGGGAGAUUGGCCUCCCCAUCCUGUGUGUGGGCUCUGUGUGGAAGAGCUGGGAGCUGCUGAAGGAAGGUUUCCUUUUGGCGCUGACCCAGGGCAGAGAGAUCCAGGCUCAGAACUCCUUCUCCAGCUUCACCCUGUUGAAGCUACGGCACUCCUCUGCCCUGGGCGGGGCCAGCCUAGGGGCCAGGCACAUCGGGCACCUCCUCCCCAUGGACUACAGCGUCAAUGCCAUUGCCUUCUACUCCUACGCCUUCUCCUAGGGGGCUGGCCCUGGCUCCACCCCCUCCAAGCCCAGUGGACAUUGGGUGCUGGAAGGCAGGAGGCUUUUUCUCCUUUUCCUUUUCUUUUUUUCGAAAAAGAAACAUAGAAGAAAAUAAACGCACUUUACCCACUCCCCAGUUGGAUUGUGUUAUCAAGCACGUUUCCUGUGUACAUCCUCAGCUCACCUGCCAGCAGGUAAACAGCACAUUUUGCAGUUUUUCUGCAUGAAUGAGUUCUUAAGAAGUUGUGAGGAUGGCUGAGAUCCAAGAAGGCCAACUAGACACAACUAGGUGGCCUACCUGUUCCUGGUGACUGCUGGCCUGGCUCUGGUUACAGGAUGACACUUUGUUGUGUGGCAGCGGGAAUGAUGAACAUCAGUGAGGAGCAGACGUGAUUUCCUGUCCUCUGGAUACUGCAGUUUGAUCAGUCAAGACAAGCCCAGAGCUUCCUGUUCUGCCCGUGCUGCUUGGCGAAGACUGAAGCCAGAGUCUUGAUCCACAGUGCCUGCCUCUCCAGGUGUCUGGAGUGUAAGCUGUUACGAGGCAUGGAUCAUGUCCUAGACGUCAGUUCUCAAACUGCUGUGCAUCAGUUAUUCACGAGCUUGUUUUAAACUCAGGUUUCUAUUUUUUCCCCCUUCCAUAAGGUGUCUGAUUCAGUAGGUCAAGGAUGAGAUGAGAUGGGGAAUUUUCAUUUCUACCAAAUACCUUGGGUAAUUUCUGCUGCAGAGGUCCAGGAUCUGCACUUGAGGGAGCUCUACCCAAUAAUUUUGGAGCUCUGGUUAGGCUCUCAACAGGGUCUUGAAUACUUGUUUCCCAAGUCAGAUGACACUUAUUUCACUGUCUAGAACACAACGGUAGUGGCUCUUGUCCCAUCAACUCUAGCUCAACACAACAAUAAGAACUCAAGACAAGUCCCUUCUGAAGGGACAGCCAGCCCUCUUCACAUCUAGGUAUGGCCCAGACCACUGGGGUCAGCUCUCAGCAAGUCACCAGUACAUCAUCAGCUCAGCUAAUAAGCUUGCAAGGAGUCAGGGACACAACAGUGCCUUUGCUCCAUCAUAGUGCUGAUAACACUUACUGAUGAGCGGUGAAUUUUGGAGAAGUAAGUCUUUUCACAUGAUCUCAGGACCAGGAUCAAGCAGUAUUUUGGACUUAUAAUCUAAAACUAUUGGUGAAGAGUUUUAAAAGAGAUAUUUAUGUUCUUCAGGGUACACCCAUCAUCACUUCCUUACCAUUGUCCAGGCUCUACUAUUCCAGAUGGACAGUGGAGGGCUUAGAGCACAGCAAGGAGCACAGCUUGAUGGACUUUCUAGUGCCAGCUCAUAAGUAGUCACUAAAUAUUUAUUAGUUGAAAAAAUGAAGGCAAUGUUAAACUGCACAAGGUCACUGUGUUCCUUUUCCCUUUGGUCAAAGGAGAUGUGAUGGGGUAGCUUAUUCUCCAGUUAGGCUCUGUUACACAGAGGUUGCAGUGCAGAAGGUCAUAAGUGAUUUUUGAUGAGAUUCUCCCCCUUUAAUUUUAAACUUAUAAUCUCCUUCACUAAUUAAUAAGAUAUCAGGAGCAAUUAAUGGGAUGCCGCACUGCCAAGGCAUUGAAUAUGUGUGUAUUCAUCUCAUCUGAGCUUUUAACAGCCAAAUGAGAGCUGGGAACAAGAACUGGACUUGAAGAGGCCGGCACUGCCUUAAUCUACCUGUGUGAUCUCGUGGACAGCACGGCCUCAUCUGCGCCAUCCAUUCAGCAAGUGUUCACUGAAUGUCUUCUAGCUGUGAUGAGUGCUCUAAGGAUUUUUAAUAUAAGGAUUAAAAAUGAGUAUACCGUUACACCUUAUACCAACAGAAAGUUGGUAAAAAUUUAUGGACUGUACUGUUUACAAUAUCUGCACUUCUCUUUAAUGUACUUACUUAGUUUAAUGAAAAUUUUAAAUGAAUGAAUACACCAUUCACGUCUUUAAGGCUGUGAAUAGUUAGGCCCUGUAUAGACAUAACUAUCAUCUCAAAAAGCUGUAAAUAGGCAAGUCAGCUCAGAUUUUUUUAAACCUGAUUGUAGGAAGGAGGCAAAGAAAAGACAGCACUCAAAACAAAACCCACUGGCUAUGGUCUGGUCCCAUGAUCUUUUUACCAUAAAAUAAAGCCCCUCAGAGAAUCAUUGGGAGAUUCAAGCUAGGUGUAAACCGAGUAAGAGUUACCAAGCUAACCUCCACAAGAGCAAGGAUGAUGUCUGCUUGUUAACUCCAGCAGCCCUGGUACCUAGGACAAUGCUUGGUACCUAGCAGGUUCUCAAACUUGUUCAGUAGUUGAAAGGCAGAUACAGAAGCCCUUUACUUGUUUUCUAGAUGAGUCAGUUUUGCCCAGGAACAGGAAAAUAUCAGCUAUCCAAUUGCCCUUCAAACCCAAGGAUUUCCUGUUACCGCCUCUGUUCAAAGCCACACACAUUAUUGCCACUAUCACUACCAUGUAUUAAGUGCCUAUCAUAUGCCAAGCAGUAUUUUGAAAUUAAAUUUGGUCUAAUUUUCACAAUAGCCCCCAGGAGGAAGGUGUCACACCUUUACAAAUAAACAGGUUCAGGCCAAAGGCACAAAGUGGUGGAGGUGGGAUUCACUCAGGUCUGUGACUUCCAAGACAAUGCUUGUACUACUUUGUAACACCAUUUAGAAUGGAAAAUUAUGCACCUAAAACUGUGAUCCAUAUUGAGACAAAAUCAAACACACCACGCAUACGCCCCCUUGUAACAUGAUAUAAUGACCCAACUGUAGGAAAAAGGGUACCACUGCCAGCAAAUGCAUUUUACUCUCAUUUUAAUGAGAUUUUCAACAGCUGCCAUUUGGUUUGUAUAGCAAAUUUUUUAAAAAGUAACUUUUUUUUCCAUUUUUGAUAUUUUUAUGAAAAGUAUUUUCUUCAAUUUUAAAGCCCUGCCCCUCCCCCAAAGUAUUAAUAACUACCAUGUGAUGUGUAUUUAGGGAAAAAAAGGAACAAAAACAGCUUUUAAAACACUUGAGAAAUAGGGAUAAAGGUCCAAAGUCCAGGCCUGGGCCUGCUGGAGGUGCUAAGCUGCCCCGGCACGCUCGGCGCUUCACCGUCCACAACAGCAGAUACGUGGGCCGUGCACAGACCCGCUGGGAUGUACCGCAAAGUCCACUCCCUUUCUCCUCCUGACCGCUUCUGCUGGCUGGCCUCUUUCCUUCCAAAUGGGUCUAACAAAGGCAGCACGAUCUUUAACACAUGUUCCGCUUUGUAAUGGAGACGACGCUAUUGAGCAAGUUCAGAGAUUCCUCCAUUUUGUCGGGGAGGAAAAAAUAUUCAACACAGUAUUGAUGGUUUCACUUUCUUGUCCACUCAAACACAUGCUCAUUAACUUAUUAAGCUAAUUAUCAGAUGCUUCAGAAGCCCGAUGUGUAGAUAGCACAGAAGUUUCAUGUAAAAAGGAAGUUGCAAAAUUAUAAAAGUUUCUACAGCAGGUCAGGAUCCUCUCGGAGCUUGAUGACGAAGCUGGUUCUGAUAGGCAGUCCCUUUGACAUGCGCAGCCGCCCCGCCAGGAGCCCUAUGUUCUCAGGGUUCCAUCUAGACCACAGGAGGUUGAAAUGCAAGUUUAAAAGACCGCCUGGUGACGAAACAUGUAUCCAUCGAUGGAAUAUUAUUUAGCAAUAAAAAAGGAACAAAGUACUAACACAAGUUAUGUCAUGGGUGAACCUCGAAAAUACGUAAGUGAAAAAAGCCAGAUACAAGAGACCACAUUUUGUGUGAUUUCAUUGAGAUGAUGUCCAGAAAAGGCAAAUUUAUAGCGACAGAAAGAUUAGCGAUUCCCUAGAGCUAGGAACAGGUAUUAUCAUGUAAAUAGGCAUGAAGGAUCUUAUUGAGGGGGAUGAAAAUGUUCUAAAACUGAGAACUGUAUGGCUGUGCCACUCAGGAAAGUUACUAAAAUCACUGAAUUGUACACUUGAAAUGGGUGAAUUUUAUGUUAUGUAAAAUAUGCCUCAAUAAAGUUGUUUUAAAAAAAAGUCCCUGUCUCGCAAACCACCCGUCAAGCAUUAAACAUUUCUGAAGGCUCACAAUCAACAGGACAGGAUUAUCAGUUAGUGCUGAGUUACAGAGUGAAAACAUUGUACUCUUUGAUAGUACAUAGCCUAGAAUGUUUCUUUACUAUUUAUAAUAUUAAAAGGUAGCCAGUAAGAAGGUAGGAUUGGGGAAGAAAACUCAGCAGACCUCACAAAUGAGACUCCUAGUAACAAAAUCUAAAGGGGCUUUUUCUUUUAAAAUAAAGAUGGUGCAUCUGUCCCUUUGUAGAUUUCUCUUCUGUCCCCAGGGGGUAGGGUGGUGAAUCACUUGGCUAACGCCCCAUAGAGAUCAGUGUACUCAGCUGUCCUAUUUGUAUGACCACCCCCCCUAAAAUCUCGACUGGGGACAGCAGUGGGGGGCUGGGCAGUGAGGGCAGAGGCCAAGUAACAAGCAGGAAACUUAAGUGUUUCCUUAGGUCAGCCUCCUAUUCCCCUGUCCUUUGUCACUAAUUGCAGAUUCGAGAUGGGAGAAAUAAAGACAGAAGAUUAAAAACAAAGGGAAAAAAAAAAAAACCUUACAAAAUUGUGAUGAAAUUCACAAGGCAGCAGAGCACUGGCUGCAGAAAAGUACUCCGCGUACUACACAGGGACCAGGAGAACUAAUGAUCUCUGAGAGGGGAAACGAUUCACAUGGGUAACCGUGGGAAGAGGUAGGAGGAGACCAAGGUUCCUGAUGCUCACCAGAUCCCAGUCAAUCCUGUUCUCUCCAUCAACUUCCCAAACUAAUGAGGUCUACAUUUAUCCUGGAGGAGAGUUGCUAGGAAUACACAGUCUUUCCCAAAAGGUGCACGUCUCCAAAUCCUGGUCAAAUUUGUCAGGUCUCUGCCUGCAGCCUUACAUCAACAUAACCUAACCAAGCAACAUUAUUAACCCGUGAUGUCGGGCCCCUUAUUGAACACUUGCCCCCUCCCAUCUCAGGAGUGUAGAUUCCUGGGCUCCUGAUGUUUAUACAUGGGCUUUGCAGCAGCACCAACGCAAGAAGAUUCAGUCAAGCUGUUUCCUUUGGCUACUUCUUCACACAACUUUCCCGACAUAUAUUAAUUUCUACUCUGAAGUCAGAGUGUUUGACUCACCUCCUUACUUCCCAGCAUCUUCAAAAUCAAGACAGAACUUUGACAUUCUAGCAAUACACAAUUUGAAAAAUGCUGAUUACCUCUAAAAACAUUUUAAAGUUAUAAUUAGCAUUGUAACCUUAAUUAAAGGGACCCCAGCUGUUUUGACUUCGGAAACUAAAGGUGCUGCAAAGGUCCAGCCUUUUCCUUGCAAUCUUUUUGGGUUUGACCUUAUGUGAUCCCCAAAAGUCAACUGCUGCAAUCAGAAACUGCUCCAAAGACCCAAAGGUGCAGGUGCCCAGGCCUAGGCUGUAUCUAUCAAGUUUUCUGCUGCAGUUCAAAGGGCAGGAGAAAAUAAAAGGCAUUUCUUUUGUUUUUUACCCCUUGAAGAGCAAGAGAUAAAAUCAUUUUCAUUUUGGAGUUUUAGGGUCCAAUAAUCACAAAAUCAGUCACUAAUAAACUAACACUGGGACCAGCCAGAAUUGGCAAUUGUUGAAAAUACACAUUCUGUUGCUAUACUUAAACUUCUAGUUGCCAAUUAAAAAAACUUGGAGUAGGGGCUUAAAUUCAAUAUCAAAAUCAUCACUUAUAAUACCAGCCUCAUCCUUAAAAGGUAAAGGUGUCUAGUUUGGCUUGCACCCAGAACCUCUCCUAUGAGAAACAGUCUGAGAUAGAGGUUCCCAGCCUUUCCCCAGUGAAGAUCCAAUAAGACCCACAUGCAUUUCCUGUUAAGGAGUUGGCAAACUCCGACUAUAGCUGCGCCUGUGGUCUGCGUGACAAUUGUGCUCCCACCUCACAACAUAAAAUAGAUGGAGAAAAAGGUCACGCUGCAAGAGGAACCUCUGGAAGCACAAACCUACACAUUGAGUAGGGGGUCACACUGCUAGCUGCUUCCUGAUCCUGAGUCAGUGCACUGUGUCUGAGUGGGACUGGAACGGCCAGCCCUCAGGUUCCACUGCUUGGCUGGAAGGAAGCUUCCUUAGUCCUGACCAAAUACGCCUUGUGCAACCCCGCUGACAUCCUAGAUGAAACCCCACAGCAGAUGGGAAAACAAGCGCUUUGAACUACACCUAAUACCUUAGCCUAUCCUGGUGUCAGAAGGGAAGGCCUGCUUCAGGAUGAAGAAACGGCUCGAUCUGGAUCCCUGUAGGACUUCCCAGACCAGGAGCCACACAAGAAUCCAUGGUGCUCUUUGUGAUGGAGACACCGCAGUCUAGACAAUGGCUCUUUCUGCAAUCCCAACACGUUUCCAGCAGCCUGCAGAAUUCUGAGCUUGGACAAGUUAAUGCAGAUUGAAGGAGGAAAAGCAGCCCUGGAAGAAAGAGACCUCUAUUUCUGCACUUCCUAGGUCCUCUCCUUAUUAGAGGCAACAAUUCCAGCUGAAAGCUGAAGCUGGAAUUGAGACAUUUCUUUAUUUGUAGCCCUCCCUGAAAACGAGUUAAGAGUUCCAUUCUCUCGAGGUAGAGACUUUGGGAAUUCAAGAGCACAUCUGACAAUACGAGCUCCCUAAACUACUCUCCUAUGACAUGUGACCUAACAAGAAAGGGCAUUUUUCAAAUGAUGCCAUCCUAAAGACUCAAACAAGGAAAAGAUGUGGGUUCAUAUAUUCAAUCUGACAUAAACCUGUGGCUGUUCAAAAAGUCAACAAGGGACCUCAUAAGAAAAAGGAGAAAUUCUUAAAUUUUCCAAACCCUAGUCCUUUCCUUCCAACCUCUGUCCCACAUCCACAUACUGAAUUUACACAGACUUUAUUUCAAGUUACAUGAUCUUUUCCUGAUAGGCCUAUCACACGAGACAGUGGCAGUCAUACAGAAGCCACUGUCCUCCUCAGGCCCCUGCAAGUCCUUGCCCGUCCUGGGAGAACGGCCAGGACUGGACAUGCUCUCUUUUAGACCUGACUCACCCACCGACUUCUCUAGCACACAAAGACAGCUCCUGGGCCAAGUUUAGUUCCUUAUGAGUAUCAACAACAACAACAAAAACCCCUGUGACUUGUGGACAGGAAAGGAACAUACCCAGAAAGUCCAACCUAGAAAACUCAAAAACCUGGGUAUGUGGGAACGGCAAAAUGUUAUAACUGCCAAAACUGUCCUGGUGGGUCACACAGUCCCAGGGUCAAAUGGGACUCGCUCUCCUAGGCUUUUUUGGAGUUCUUCUGUAUAAUUCUGUAAGGUGGGAGGUAGCAUCCAAAUUGUGAACUGAGCUUCUUGCUGGUGUCCUGAAAAUUACAUUGACUUGUGAAAGCGCACAAACCUUUCUAAGGAAAGUAAGGUACCAGGUGGACCAAGUCCUCAUGGGCUGGAAAAAAACUGUCAAAAUAAGUUUAAGACAUAACUAAGAGGAUUCAAGGAUGACUUCUCCAGGCUGACGCUGAUGGCCAGCACCGCAUGCCUCUCAUUCACCUUUGGUAACAAUAUCUUUUCUCAAAAACAGAGUAGGGUUGGGAUGGAGAGGAGACAGGGGACUAGACACCAUGAGACGAAAUGGCAAAUCCACUCUAGUGCUCUUUUACCUUGUAAAUUUUGAGUCUGAUGGUAGCUGUAAACAGAGGCUUAAGAGUAGGCCAACAGGAACUGAACGACUCAGGUGACAAUCACCAUCCCAGUCCUCUCCUUCUGCUUUACAACUUUCAUCAACCAGAUGGUUGAUGAAAGUUGCUUCUAUUGGUUUCCAGUACUUUAAGCCUGUGUUUUCUUGAAUGGGGUUCAGGCGGGGAGAUAUGGGCUCAGCAGGCCACUGGUAAUCCCAGCUCAUCACAGGAAACUCCCAGGGAUCAGGGAGCUGUGCAUUCUGGUUUACAACACCUGCUUCUUCCACUGGUUCCUCUUCCCAUCCAGCUUAACAGACUGAGUAAGUAGUGCUCCAGGUGUUCAUUGACCUUGGUAAGUAUACAGCAGAGCGGGAAGGGCAUUCUUAAACACCCAGAUUUUCUUGGUCAGCUUAUUUUGUUUAAACACAUACAGCAGAACAUUCCUGAUGAAGGGGGGGGGGGCGGGAAUUGCAAUUUCCCUAAAUCAAAAAGCUAAUAAUAAUAGGAAAUUGCUCCAAAUGAAAGUCAGUAGAACAAAAGAGAAAUACUCAGAGGCUUGUAGAGAAAGACUGAGCACAUUAGUUACUCCAAUCACAGUGUCGAGUUAAACCACUGUCCCCUUUCCCCGCUGUGCACCCCUUGCCCGUCCCGCCCCCCUCUUCAGCUCCGCCUUUUUGUGCAGCGCUGUCCCCAGAUGUGGGGACGUACAAGUUCUCCUCAAAGCUUUCUGUCAGCUCAGUACUUCACUCCUGGAAUAAAUUCCUUGGCAUCCGGGUUCAGGUUACUUUUGCUC